GUCGCCGAAUGAAGAGCGUCGCCGAAUGAAGAGCGUCGCCGAAGCCGUAAUCGCUGUCGAUCCUGAUCCCCCGUAACGCUUGCGCUUCAUACUGCAACAUCACAGCGAAACAGGGAAGUCGGAAGCGCCGAGCGCUGAUAACGGCAGGAUCAGCGUCUCUUGUUACCGUAAGGUAAGAUUCCGGUCACUCGGAAGCACUUUCAUGUUUCCGAAAAUGCAGUGCCUUUGCUCGCAUGUUGAGUGGCCCUUUGCCAUUCGUUGGCUGCGCGAUUUUAGAGAGCCUCCCACUCCAUAUCUUCACUUCAGAACUGACCGGGCAUGUUCUCGAGCUGGAACUUAUAUCAUCCAUCGCAAAUUGCUCAUGCCUUAUUCGCAGUAUAAUGGGCUCAAGGACUGUACUACGGCCGACCACAACCACGCAUCUCUUCCUCGAGUUUUGACCUUCGGCGCUGGAGCAGUUGGCACAUGCUACACUUGCUUGCUACAGCAGGCUGGUUGCCAGGUUUCCGCAGUCUGUCGGUCGAAUUAUCACGCUGCAAAACGAGAAGGGUUCUCCCUCGAUGCGGAGUUCUUUGGCAAGAAUCUUCAAAUCCGGCCUGAUCAUCUAUUCCGAUCUCAUUCAGACCACCGUUUCGCAAUACGAGAAAAAUGCAUCUUCGUUACCAAAAGUGGGUCCCUUAGGCGCACGGCAGCUGGCGAGGUUCGUAAGGGAAAUGUCGUCUCAUUUCUAGUAUGCUAGAGCGCAAUGUGCAGUUUUUUGGGAUCAAGACUUUUGCCUACAUAAGUAGUUGCUAGACUGUCACAUUUGUUCGCAGAUGUUCGCAGACACUUCAACUUGAUCGCCGAACUGCUCGGAACUAAUCACGCGUUAAUCUCGGGGAAUUUCUUAUCAAUCGCCGAUUCUCCCGAAGUAUGACUACUCGUUGGAUCACGCCCCUUUCUCGUUCCCCCAUACAGUUCUUCUGCAAGCCCCAAUUAUGUCUAAUAUUCUCUGGUAUACGACCUCUUCGAACCAUCUACCUG